GGAAGAAGAAAGCCGUUGCUAGCGUCAGAAGACGUUUACUGUUUUAUUGUUAUUCGCUCAUUUCCUGUCAUUUAAAUAUUAAGACGCCCAGAAGCGUGUUAUUCGUCGUAUUAGUUAUCGUCGUCGUCAUAGCGCAAACGUCAGCGGUGCAGAACAGCAUGGAGCCCAUAAAGCAGUCAGGCCCAGAAUCAUGCUCGCCAGAUAUCAACCCUGUGUUCCUGCAGCAGCUCAGAGAGCUGGACAUUCCUGAGGAUGCAGCCAGACAGGCACUUCUGCACACACGGAACGUAUCUGCUGAGGAGGCCGCCAUGUACUACUUCAACAAGCUGGAGAAUGAGGAGGAGGGAGACGAUGGCCGAAUGUUUAAGAUGGUGUUCGUGGUGAAUAUGGAACUUGGAAUGGGUGUGGGAAAGGUGGCAGCCCAAGUCGGGCACGCUGCUGUGGGAUUGUACCAAGCUCUGCAGGAGAACAACAGCUGGAGGGAGAUGGCCUGGAAGUGGGACCGGACCGGAGCAAAGAAGGUUGUGGUCCAGGGCACCAAUGUGGCUCAUCUACUGGAGCUGCAGGCUUUGGCUAUGAGCCUGAGCCUGCCCACUUACCUGGUCCAGGAUGCAGGUCUUACCCAGGUGGAGGAGGGCUCCCGCACUGUCUUGGCCGUCAUGGGUGAGGAGGAGACUGUGAACAGUGUCACUGGGAGUCUGAAGCUGCUUUAAUGCAGAGGGCCAUGCAGUGCUACAGUGCAGGCAGCAGGGCGCAGUGUUUCCCAGCAGCAUGGAGAAGCUUCUCACGCAAGAGUGGAGCCUGUUUUUGAAAAGAGGGAAAACAGCAGAAAACACACUAAGCCAUUUGUUUUCCUUUCAUUUUCUUCUCAGCAGGAGGGGAACCAGAAUUCAUUUCUCACAAGGGGGGCAAAUAGAUUUUAUCCCCUCCCCUUCCUGGUGACCUUUUGUCUAUUCCAAACAACCCAUCUACUUUGAAGGAAGUCAGACAUUGGAGUUCUUAAAGUUUAAAAUCCACAUUAUUGUUUUGCUUAUUCAAGGUAAUAUCUAGACGAUUAUGUAAUUAGAGCUACACCUGUACUUGGAUGUAAUAGCCCAAUGUCAUGUAGCUCAUUUCGAAUGAAAGAAAACUAGUGAAGGGUAAGUGAACAUAUGACAACAAUCUUUUGUGUAUGUGUUUAAAUUAUUUUGUGUGGGGAACUCGAACAUGACAAGUGGAGUUACAUUUGUGGUGCAUAUAAACAUCAAGCACUUGCAGCUCGCUAUUGAAUCAUCUAUAACAAUUCAGCAUUCUCAAGUGCAAUGUUGUGCAACAGCUCCAUUUAAUAAAGUGAACAAAUGUAUUUUAAGUCGUAACCUGAUGUAUUGAAAGCUUCCUGCAACUGUUCUCCAAAGAUUUUGUCCAAUAAAAAAAGAUACUUUGAUAAAUUGCUAUAUUUUGAGUAUGUAUGCCUCUUAUAGGAUUAUAUACUGUAGAAUCUGUGGUGUGCCAUCCAUUUACUGGUUUGUUUUCUGAAAUAAUGAGACCUGAUUCUGAUUGAACGGUCAGAUGUUUUGUGGAGGUGAAAUGUUCAAUUAGUGAAGACCUUUGUUGACCCCAGCGUGUUCUCCUGAUUAUAGCAAAUGGUUUUACCAUCAUGAGUUUGAUAUAAAACACAAAUGUUUGGCAGUGUAAUUGUCUGACACAAAUAUUCAACUCCAUAAACAGAAAUAUUUUUACGAAUGGGGGGAAAAAUGGGCACGGGCUGGCAAACUCACAGUAACCUGACUGUAGUAUAAAUAAAAAAAAAUGGCUGUUAUGCAUGCAUGUAUCUUUAAAGAAGCUAUGGCGAUUUUAACAUAUCACAUUUUAAAAUACCCACUGUGUAUUGUCAGAUUCUGGAAACGAUUAAAAUGCCUUUAAAUGAAAUAU